AUGUUUUGGUUCUCAGUAUGCUUUCCUCAUUCAGAAGUCCUAGCGAGUAGGCCAUGGCUCACAAAACCCCCAUAUGAUAUUGGGGCGCCAACUUCUAGUCCCAAAGGGCUGAUGGUGGAUCAUUUCUCACAAAAGCUGACACUUUUAGAGACAAGGCUGUAUAGAGAAGACAUGUGGUGGUUACUCAGUUCACAAAACCUGGAGGUUUUUGAGAGACGGUUGAGAAGAGAGAGUUUUAUUCAUGUACCUGAAAUUGUCCUGGACUUCGUUUUUACCGGCAAAGAGCACAGAAUCAUUCCUCCGCAGAUACCUUUUCAAUCUAGAAGUAACGUUACUGAUGGACAAACCAUUGCGCACAAAUGCUGCAGCUUUUUGUCACUCAUUUUUUGCGACAUUGCAAAGACACCCUUACAUUUGCGACUUCUGUCACGGGGAUGCUACAAGCAAGAAGUCAAAGGUUCAAAGAGUAGCGUUGAUGGGUUGCUACGUACAAUGUCAAGGAAGCUUGACAGGUUCAAGCAAGUAUUUAAAUGGGGUACUGGAGCUCUAGCACAAGGCUUAUGCGUGAGAUUCUUAGGAAGGUUCAUGGGGCUUCUUGGUAAGGCUUCCUCCAAAGUCCAAUGGAUGUCAGGGUUGAAAGGUGUCACAGGUCGUUACCGUAACAACUUCAUUUAUUUCCCUAGGAUAUUUGGCACUUUUGGGUAUUUUAGAGACAUCGGAAAUUGGGGAAGACGACUUUUAGUGUUGGGGAAGCAAGCAAGCCAUGCUAACCUGCUGAGAAUAUUUUUAUGGCUCUGGCGUUCUUCAUUACGGUUUGUAUUUUAUUGA